UGUUCCAUUAUUAGCUCCACUUUCAUGUCCACGGUCUUUCUCAGGCUCCUUCAGCUGACGCCGUUAACAGCUCCUGGGUGUGUUCGAUCGAGGCGACCAGUGACCACGUGAACGCUCAAACCAAUUAUGGCCCCUGGCAGCGGCUUACGAUCAGGCUCAUCUUGUGUAGAGGGAUUUCUGCAAAUUGGAUCAGGCCGCUUACAAGGACUUAGCAUGACGUACUGCAACUUUGAGUUUAAUCAUGAGGAUCCUCGGCAAUCCUCCACCUCUCCGGGAGAACGGGACAUCACGAUUAGCCUCACCUGUGUGUGUGUUAAGGAGGGAAAAACUGGGGGGGAAAUAACGACUUAUGAAAUUGAAAGUUUCUGUCACAAUGGGAGAGGAGAUAGCUUUGAAGAAAUAACACUCCUGCGCUCUUCCCGGGUCUUCCUGGGUUCUUAUUCUCUGCUGUUUUGCUGUGGGAUGGAUUACAGGCUGAGCUAGAGGAGACCCUGAUCGCAAAGAGACCGAAACAGGAUUCAAGAACGUCUUGGAGCUCCCGCCGUUAUCAUUUGACUUUCUUCUUCACGGACGCAUCACACAGGUUGAACUAUGGCUUUGAUGUUGGUCAAGUUUGACCUGAAGAAGCGAGUAAAGCUCGCCCAGACGGUCUGGUUCAUGUACUGGUUCGCCGUAAUGGCCGGUGUCCUGGUUUUCACCAUGGGACUGUUCUUUAAGAUCGAGCUGCGAAAGCGCUCAGAACUCAUGGACAACAACGAGAGCCACUUCCUGCCCAACCUGCUUAUAAUAAUGGGUCUAAUAGCCUGCGGCAUCAACGCCUUCGGAGGCAAGAUCUGCUACGACUCGCUGGACCCGUCCAAGUUCGUAAAGUGGAAGCCCAUGUUGAAGAGCUUCCUGGCGGUGUGCGUCGGGUUCAACGCCCUGCUGGUGGUGACGGCCCUGCUGUGCUUCGUGAUGAGGAUCCCGCUGCAGUUCACCCUGGCCGAGGGGCUGAAGAACGGCAUGAAGUACUACAAGGAUACGGACACGCCGGGGCGCUGCUACAUGAAGAGGACCCUGGACCUGAUGCAGAUUGAGUUUCGUUGCUGCGGAAACAACAACUUUAGAGAUUGGUUUGAGAUUCAGUGGGUUAGCAACCGCUACCUGGACUUCAGCGCAAAGGAAGUCAAAGACCGCAUUGGGAGCAACGUGGAUGGCCAGUAUCUGAUGGACGGCGUCCCGUUCAGCUGCUGUAACCCCACUUCGCCCCGACCCUGCAUCCAGCUCCAGAUGACCAACAACACGGCCCAUUACAGCUACGACCACUACACGGAGGAGCUCAAUGUGUGGAAGCGCGGCUGCCGCGACGCCAUGCUGUCCUACUAUGGAGGAAUGAUGAACACCAUCGGAGCCCUGGUGCUGCUGGUCACUAUGCUGGAGGUUGCCGUGACCAUCGGCCUGCAGUACAUCGACACCUCCCUGUCCACCCUGGCGAACCCGGAGGACCCGGAGAGCGAGAGCGAGGGCUGGGUCCUGGAGAAGACGGUAAAGGAGACGUUCACCGACAUCAUGGACAAAAUGAAGGCCAUGGGCAAAGGAGGCAAGGUGGAGGAGGGCGGCGAGGCAGGGGUCGCCACGGUGAGCUGAGCGAAACCGCUCCUGCAUAAAAAACUGACAUCACUCCCACCACAAGAGGAGAGGAAGGGGACGUGUGAGAUCACUACGUUUUUCUACCAACAUUUAUUAUGUAGGCACACACACACACAUAUUUGGCUUUGAACUCCUUUUUAAAGGGACUCCGUUCAAAUGGACUCCUUUCAUAAAUAAUUAUAAACUGUAUAUUCAUACAUAGAGAGAGAGAGAUAAUGUGUAGGAUGUUAUGGUUUUUCAUUUCCCCCAACCAAACAAAUCCAUCUCAGGCUCCAAUUUUUGCUCCACAGCGUACUUUUAAAGAGUUUUUUUGGUUUCCAUUACUCGGUGGGGUUUGGAUCUUUUCAAUAUGAUAACUCAAGUAAAUGUGAUAUAUAUUGAUAAACGUCUGAUACUUUGUCUAUAGUACUUCGGCUUGUAGCUGUAUAUAGACAAAGCAAACAAGUUAAAGAGGACCUAUUAUGCUUUUCUCAUUUUUUUGUGCAUGUAAAAAAGGUUUGCAAAGUUAUAAAGCCCAAAGUCCACGCCAAAGGGAUUUACUCUCCCCCACAGAAACACUGC